UGGUUGGACUAUGGACAUAUUGGGUUUUUUAUUCGUGAUAGUUCUGGUUCAGAUUCAGGCAUGUGCGGCAUUCUCCCAGUGUUUGCGUGGGUGUAGCUGUGUAGAAGACCGACAUGGAAGGUCUCUCACUUGCAUGGAGGACAGUUUGUUCAGGAGUAUUCCAGAUGAGCUGCCUGAGGGCCUGACUAAAGUGCGCAUAGAAAAGUCCCACUUCACUGAGAUCCCACGUGGAGUCUUUUCCAGGAGCACCGCCUUAGAAAACCUGUGGCUGAACUUCAAUGAAAUCGCUCUGAUCAAUUCUAGAGGUCUGGAGGGAUUGUCCAAUCUGACUGAGCUGCGCCUGCAGGGGAACAAGUUGCGCUCUCUGCCAUGGACCGCCUUCGAGGACACGCCGACUCUCAAGAUCCUGGACCUGAAGCACAACCAACUGGAUGUCCUUCCAGAGCAUGCUCUCAAAUAUUUACCUGGGCUCACUUACUUAGACUUGUCCUUCAAUCAGCUAACAGUCAUAUCCAAGGAGGUCUUCCUCAACUGGCCCCUAUAUCAGAAGCUGCAGAGCCAGGAGAGUCCAGAGGGGGGAGCUGUGGGGCCCAACGUGGUGCUAGCGCUGCACAACAACCCCUGGCUGUGCGACUGCCGCCUAAAAGGCUUUGUGGAGUUCACACGCUCCUUGAGCCCUCCCAUUAUUCUCAUGAACUCUUACUUGAGCUGCUCCGGGCCGGACUUUAAGGCCGGACAGUUCUUCCAUGAGGUGGAUGUGCGCUCCUGCAUCAGCCCUGUGGUCAGCACUGCCACUGCCAACAUGAGCCUGCCACAGGGCACCAACGUCACCCUGCAGUGCCUGGCCAAGGCGCGGCCCCAGGCCUCACUGUGGUGGACAUAUGGACUCAAGAUAAUCAGAGGAUUUCAUGAGUUCCAGGAGAGGGUGGAUGAGGACACUGUUCGCUCCUACCUGGCGAUCCCCUCUCUUCAAGUGUCCGACCGAGGCAUCUACACCUGCACUGCCGUCAACUACAUGGGCAACUCCUCUGCCACCAUCCAACUGGACAUCCAGACUCCUCAGGGCUCCACUGCUCAGUCCCCACGUGGAGAUGCAGCCCCACCCUCUUCUGCUGAGGAAAACGUCUACAUCGACAUCCGCAUCGCCAAACAAACCGUACGGGGCAUAUCCAUUGAGUGGUAUGCUGCUUUAGAACAUGCCGAUCAGACUUGGUUCACUCUUCACUUUGGACGCAUUGACCAAAAGAAAGAAGCCAUUUUUAUCGGCCCGGGAAUCCACUCUUACACAGUUAACGACUUGCUACCUGCUACCAAAUACGAAAUCUGUGUCACCCUAAAAAAUCAAAAUCCACGACCUGGCCAGUGCAUCGUGUUUGUGACAGGAAGUGACAUCACAGAAAUGGAGCAGCGGGAGAAGCUGAUUCACAUAGUGGUGAUAGUGUUAGCCAUGGUGCUAGCAGUGCCCAUAGGGAUGUAUGCGUGCACUACAGACACUAAAUUAGCAUGUGUGGAGAGAAUUCUUAGCUCGUGGAAGAACAGGAGAGCGAGCAGGUCCUCGGGGGCGGACAGGGAGAGGCAGGGGACAUUUGACAGUCUGCAGGCAGCCAGCGACGAGGGCCUGGUCAAUAAGGACUCCAGUGAUGACCGCAAGGCCCAGGAGGUGUGAUAGUGGACAUAAAGCGCUGGCUCCAGUGCUAUAGGCCACAGCCUCAGCUCAUCUCUGAACUCUCUGUAACAUGUAACAUCACAGCUGACUGUGCCACACUU